AUAGCGUCAAAAUGGCGAAGAAUUAAAGUAAAAUGCAAACGCUAGGCCUACCGUAUCAAUCAUGGACUAUCGACCAAAACGAUACAUUAGCAAUUCCAGAAUUAAAGAUCCUUUUUUUGAAAAGCCUCUGCCAAAAUCAUUUUAUCAUCCAAGCCCAGUGAAGGAAGCAGAUGAGCAUGAGGCCAUUCGAAGUCCAGAGAGAAAAGUUGAUGUAUUAGGUAACAGUAAUAUUAUAUUUGCAACAACCUUACCCCAAGUAAAAAGCCAAUGGGUUGAAAAUGGAAAUAUAGGAAAAAGUGAUCAGUUUGAUAAUUUUGAUGAAACUUGGCCUGAAAAUGAAAAGUCCUCGUCCUUCAGUACAUCAAAAAAUGAGAGCAAUCUUAUGACAACACCAGAAGCAAGCCCAGUAAACCAUAACAGAAAUCUCUCUGACAUUGUUCAAAGCUUGGGAACCUGUGUCAAUAGAACCAAUAAUAUAACACAGCAAAUGAAAUAUGACACUGAGACAAAUGAAACUAGUGGUAACACAGCAGAGUCAGUUCUUCAAAAGUAUAUUGAGCGCUUUAGAAAUUCAGCCCCAAAACCUAGAGAAGAAAGAGUUAAGGAAAGGGAGACAACAAAACAAGAUUUUUGGUGGCUAAAUUCUUCACCAGGAAGUGUUUCCAGUUCCAAGAAUGUGGAAAGUAUCUCAAAAACCCAGAAGCAGAUUUCUGAUCAACUAAUGGUUCCUAAAAAGCUCACUAAAGAAGCUCUGCUUGAAAUGGAUCAGGAAACAUUACAGCUGCAAAUGAAAGCAGACAGACUCCUGUCACAGAGUGAAUUAAGUUUAGCAUCAUCUGGGCCUAUUGUCAGCACUGAAGGCUUAGGAUCGUCAGCCUCCAUUAGUGAUUUUAGUGCCAGCGAUGACCAGCCACCAUACAGGCCAUCAUUUAUUAGAAAUCAAGAGAGCUACAGCAGGCCAGCAUCAAAUUUAAUGAACUGGAGGCAAGGUGCCAAGUUUUCUGAAAAUGCUGCUUCUCCCUCAGAUGAUAUACUGGUUCGCUGGAGGUUGAAUAGAAAAAUGGGGGAACUACAGCAGAGCCAUAAUUUGGCUACCAAUCCAACACAUGGAGCUCUCUUACCUGUGAAAACGAGUGUUGACCCAAGACUUGAGGAGUUUCGGAAAAAAUUGCUUUCCCAGAAAGCUCAGAUUAUAUCUGAGGAUAUACAUUUUGAAAGACAGAGAAUGGCAAUGAUGCUAGAAGAACAUGUGAUGGACAAAAAAACACAGGAAGACAAAAAGGAAACCAUCACUGCCAUCUUGAAACCUCUAAAAGAUCCAAUUCUUGAAAGAUUAAGUCAGAUAACAGGAAGUGGAGAUAACAAUAAUUUUUCUGGUGCUUACACUGACCAAUUUACACAAACCAGUGCAGGUUCAUCUGCUAUCAAAACUGCAACAACAAAUGCAAACUUUAACAAUGCUUGUGCAGAGAAGAAAGCUGUCAGCUCAGAGAUUAAAUUUCAUGAGCCAGAACUAAAUAGAAAUAACACUGCAUCAUCGGCAAAUGUCCACGAUGCACCUGCUGCUCACAGUAACAUGCAAACUGUCGUUCACAUUGAUCACUUUCGUUCACAAGUGGUUUGUGAACCAAUGAACAGAGACUUUGUUCUUGAGAUGGGAGAUAACUCUUCGUGUGGUUUUGAAGUAGAUAGCGGAGACUCAAGCAGGACCGGAACCAGUGAUAAAACUAAAGUGAUAGAGGUCAUUUCUAGUGGAAGUAUGACUAAACAAGGAAACAGAAUCAAACAAGAUGGCUUGAGUGCCUCUGGUGAUUCUCAAGAAAGUGAUAAAUCUGUGGAGGAUAAUACUACAGAUACUGGUGAUAAUAUUCAACUCAAUAAACACAAUGCAGAAUUAAAAUCCAAAGAUUAUGAGCAUGUAAAUGAAAAGCAUGUUUACCAUCAGUUCUUGGAAGCAGAAAAACCUAAUGCAGCAGAUCAACUUAAUAACAAAAGCAGAGCUUCCCAAGUCACCAAUGCUAAAGAUUUUAAACUGAGGAAGGAAAACUUAGCUGUUAGUGGAGAGGAUGAGUUAAAGGCUAAACCUAGAAAGAAAGGUGUUCUUCAAAGACAAAUGUCAGAUGAUAGCGAUAAAGCUAGAUCUGAUGAAAACUAUGUACUGCAGAAACAGUCAGAAGCAUCAAGCAAUAAAUCAAAUGGAGUGUUAAAUUUCAACAAUGCUGAACAACCAGCAGGAGGGGCACACACAUUAGCUGUAGAAAAUGGGAACAGAAAAAAUAAAUCUAAUAGCGUUAAGCUUGAUUCUAAAAGCUAUGCAAGUAGUUCUCAAAACGUUGAGCAGAGGUCCAUAUCAACACCAAAGUCAGUGAGAUCAACUCCAGAGCCAACAAAACACCAAGUUCAAGCAGCUAUUGGUCAAACUGUCUUGGACCACAUGUUUCAAAAUUCAACUGUGAUAUCUAGUGUCGACAGCUGGGCCUCUAUGUUCCCCCAGUCCCCUGUACAGUCCCAAUCUUUGUAUGACAAUCACCAGCACUCCACACCCUCAACAGUACACCAAGAAGAAACAGAAAUACGACAUUUACAGAGUACUCCGGUCAAUAUUCCGUCACCAGCUCCCACUGUGGACAGUGAUGUGUCUUAUCAUUCUGAUGGUGAAUUUCCUGAAGAUUCUUUGCUAACACUACUCAGACAACAAAGAAGCCAGUAUUUAAGAAAAUUAGAACUGAUUGAAACAAAGCUGCAGGAAAUGAACAACUGAAGACAGUAUUUAAGAGUCUAUGCAAUUGCUAUUUAUUUAAAUUUGUACUAAAUGAUAUUUGAACUAUUUUUAUUUUUGUAAGAUGGUUUCAAAAUAUGUGUACAUUUUAUUUUGUUAUUGAAAUAAAUUAUUCUUCAUUAAAAUUGCUUGGGGUCAAACGCUUUUUUAAAGUUUGAAACAGA